AUGAAGUUCUUUUUUACUGUUGCCCGUGUGAAGCGUGGUGCAGAAAUGCUUAUUACUAAUGGAUUUCUCUCGUCUCUGAGACUCUUGUUUGCUACUUGGACGCCUCAGCAAAUUUGGGGACUUGGUUUGGCAGUCAUUACAGAUAUGGUUCAGUCUUUACGAGACAGUUCUGCUUGUUCUGAUGUUGUGGAGAAUGUAAUACCUCACUUCUUUUCAGAGAAAGCCUAUAUGAUUUCUUACUAUCUGAGUGCUCCAGUCUUCCCAUCUGAUGGUCAUGACAAGAAAAGACCUCAGGCUCAGCAGAGAAACUUCUCUUACUGA